UUUGUGUUGCCGGUCGUCCUAUAUGGACGUCGAUGACAACACUAAUCUGCUGGAAUAUGGUUGAGCCACACAUGCCACAGCGGGUGUUGCGACAAUUUGGGAUUGUCCAACCUUAUAUCCCGAUUGUCGACCGGUUCCACGGAUCUGAUUUUACGAAACAGGAUCAACGUGGCAAAGCAGGUCGGAACUGGGUUCAGUGGCACGCCAAUCAUAUACAAGAUUGGCAUAAUAGGCACGACACGGUGUAUGUUGAUUUGGAGUACUCAUUGGUGCCUGUUGCUACUGAUGAGUACAUGGAUUGGUUUCGCCGGAUAACCGUGGUGUACCUAACAAAACCUGGGGUGCAUUCUCAUGAGGGCUUCCAUGAAACGGCGGCCUCUCAUCACUACGCGGUGGAGACCCUUCACAAAAUACGCCACUUUCUUAGGGAGCAAGACAUGUCAGGACGGCCGGAUUUAUUCACCAUUUCGAGAAUGGUUGAAGAUGGCCUCCAGAUAUGUGGGGAAGCUGAGACGAUGGACCACCGUCCUUCACAGCGCUCUGAGCUGGACCUUGACAUGCCCGUGCGGCAAAAAGCGAAGCGGCGUGGAAAGAAGAAAGUUGGUGGAGAGUCGUCAUCAUCAAGGAUGGAUACUCAGUUGGUUGAUGAUUCUGAUGACGAUUUUGUGGCUCCACCUCCACCAAGAUCUGCCGUGCGGGGUCGUCACUCAGUCAGCCACACGGGUGGUACAGGAGAAGAUUUCGGUCUCAGCGAUCAACAAUCUCCACCUCGGUCUUCUGCGAGAGACGACAUUGAUUUAGAGAAUGUCGUCGUUGAAGAUACUCCUCCGUCUAGAAUCCCUAAGACCAGCAUCGGGAAGGGAAUCCGUAGUCUGUUUAUGCGUAAAAGGCGAGACGAGUGAACGUUGCCCGAACUUUUUAUAUUGGUGUUUUUACAUUGAUUUGAACGCUUUAUAUAAGUAAUUUGAUAUAUUGUAUUGAUAUUGGUGUUUUUUCAUUCAUUUGGCGUAUGUAUAUUAGUAAUUUGAUAAA